AUGGCAGAAGCUUUGAAUAUCGGAGAAGAAUUUAAGGAGUAUUUCAAUGGAUAUGUAAAAUACGCAGAAAGAAAAUCUGCAAUAGGAGCGUCGCUCGGUCGAGCACCCGAACAAGUGGAAGCCGGCGGAAAGCCGCGUGACGUACACAACCCAAAGGCGUGCAGCAGAUAUCUCCAGUCGCAACUUAUAUCCUACAAAUACCAAGCGACCGGGGUUCAGACGGUCGCGUCGCGUUCACACAGAAUCGACAUUUCACCAGCACAGCACUGCCUACAUUCUUUGACUUUAGCCUUUAGGCAACGUUUGAGUUUUAGUGUAUUGGGAAUUAGUGGGCAGAGGCCUAAGAUUCAGGUUUUGGAAAUGGAGGCAGAACGAAGGAAAAAAAGGAAAGGUGGGGCGGAAAGAGAACGUGAAAAGAAAAAACGCCUUCUUGAAAAAACAGUAAAAACCUGCCAGAAUAUAUCUACAUUGUUUCUUGGUAAAAGUGAGAAGUCCAAGGAAACCUUUGAGAGACAGUUAGAUACCAGCACUUUUCUGGUUCAAGAUACUGUUCAUCAAGCUGACUCUGACAACCAAACUAACACCGAGAAUAACGAUAGUGAUAGUAUCCAAAAAAAACUAGGAGACCGUACCAAUGAAUUAAAUAAUUAUGUGGAAGAAAAUCAAACUCAGGCGAUUGAUGCUGAAACAGGCAGUCAUCAGGAUGAAUCCGAAUCCGAACCAAACGAUGAUUUUUAUUUUAGCAGGCCAUCCAUUACAAACUUGAACGUUUUUGUGGAAUUUCAUCCUAAGCAACCUAAAAUUGCAAACAAGCGAUAUAAUUUUGAGUUAAUCUAUUUUAAAAAAUCUGGAAUGGUUAGAAAUUGGAUUAGCAUUCGUUUAGAUAAAUCAUACGAUAAGAUUUAUUGCUGGAUUUGUUUGGCCUUUUGUAAAGAAAAACAGUUGCCUUCAUUGGCUAGUGGAGCCGAUAUGUCACUUAUGUCAGUAAAACACCUAUACACGAGAAUAGAAGAACAUGAAUUAAGCAAAGGUCAUAUUAGCAGUACUGAAGCGUACCUUAUGCACAAAAAGGAAAAAAAUGUGUACUCUUUGAUUUUUUCAAAUGCAGCUGAAAAACAUAAAGCACAAAUUGAAAGGAACAGACAGAUAUUGCACAGAAUAAUAGAGGCAAUAAAAGUGAUCGGAAAAAGAGGUUUAAGUUACAGGGGUAGUGAUAACGAAGCGGCCUAUUCCCUUCUAGACGAUUCAAUUGAUCAUGGAAACUUUUUAGAAAUGAUAUUAUUGAUUUCAAAAUUGGAUGUCUUACUUCGAAAUCAUAUUGAAAAGGUUGCUAAAGAGAGUAAAGCAAUUCAUUCCCAACCUGGUCGAACUAGAGGACGAGGAAAUAUGGUUACCUUUUUGUCAAAAACCACAAUCAAAUAA